AUAACAGCAUCAUCGUCGGCAGCAUUGUCACCGGUAGCAGGAACAGUUUUUCCUUCAUCUUCGUUAUCAAUAUUAUUAUCAGUACAAAAAUUAUCCCCAGCAUCAUCCUCACAAAUUGUAUCAUCAGAAGCAACAUUAUCACUGGCAACUUUGUCGUCAAUAGUUUUGUCGGCACCAACGUUUUCACUUAAACCUUCGUUAUUAAUUGUAUCAUCGGGUGCAAUGUUAGCGUCAUCACCAUCGUCAAAAAUUUCAUCAGGAAGAUCAUUCUUACCAAUACCAGCCUCAUCAGGUCUAUCAUCAACAGUAUCAUCAUUCCUGGUGUCUUCGUCAGCAGCUGUAAAACCAAUGCCAACAUCAUCACCAUCACCAACACCAGAAACAUUUCAAAAGCUGGUAUUCUUUCUUUAUCUAUCUAUCGUAACAUAAUUUUUUUCUCAUUUUCCAAGCUUUUUUAUGGUUUACACACCUCACUAUCAUUUUUCGGUCUCAGGCAAAUGAUGCUGUUUCAGAGCUCGAUAGCCUAAAUAUCACCAGCAACAAUUCCUUACAGGUAUAUGGUUUCAUCAAUGAUAUAAAACGCCAUCUUUUUAAUCUAAAAGUGUAACGAAAGAACAGCUGCAAACUUCGAAUCGAUUUGAAGGUGGUAUAAAAUAUAAUACGCAAGCGCAAAAAUUUCUAUGCAAAGAUUAAAUAUCUUCUACCUUUAGUUGUAGAGUGAUUAGUGCUCGAAACGUUUUUGUAAGUGACCUUUUCCUUCCCUUAUCUUAAUGAAAAAAGCCUUACUCUCAGAGAAAAAGUUGAAAAACAUAUUUUAUGACAUCAGAAAGUCAUAUAUAUAGAUUUCGCCAAAACGAGAAAAUCUUCUGCGGUAUCAUUUAUGCGAUAGUCGUUGCUUCUAAACCGAAAGCGCCUCUUAAUACUGCAUUUGUCAAUUAUAACAAUUAAUUGGUUUGCAUCUCAUUAUGAUGAAUCUUGGAAAAGGUAAAAAAAACUAAAUAAUGUGUACUUCAUGGACUUACAGGAGGCUGCAAAUGUGUUUGAAACCUUUACCACUAAGUAUCGAAGAACGACCCCCAGAGAAGAACAGUCUGGAGUAGAUGAACUCAGGACGGAGUCUAUUUUUAAGGUGGCAGUCGCCUUCGAGAAAGUUGUUCUUAGCUAUGGCAAAUACCAUCUACGUGGAACAAAGAGUUCAAAAAGGAUCGUUCGCGACAACAUAAGUGGGUAUUUACAGGGCUGUCUUUUCAGAUUUGUGACAAUC